UAUAAAAAGGGUGUUAUGAGCUUCAACUCAUCACUGCAAGGAAGGAGAGCGCAUACAACUGUUUGAUCGUCCUCAGUAUUAUCAUACUGCUCAAGGUUUUGCUCUGCCAUUUUAAGAGGAACAAUGGAAAGUCAAUUAAGGAGGGAUGAUCAAGACUCAAAACUAGUUGCAACUUCUUUAGAAACUGAAAACAAGGACAUGAAGAUUGAAGGAGGAGAAAAACAAAAUGACUCAAAACUAGUUGAAGAUUCUUUUGAAAAUGACGUUGAAAACAUGAAGAUUGAAGGAGAAGAAAAACAAAAAGACUCAAAACUAUUUGAAGCUUCUUUAGAGAAUGAAGUAAAAAACAUGAAGAUUGAAGAAGGGGGAAAAGAACAAGAAAAGAAGAAAGAUAAAGAGAAGGGCGAAAAGAAAGAAAAGGAACAUGAUAAGGAAAAGAAGAAAGAUAAAGAACAUGAUAAGGAAAAGAAGAAAGAUAAGGAACACGAUAAGGAAAAGAAGAAAGAGAAGUCAAAGGAUAAGGAAAAGGACAAGGAAAACAAGGAAAAGGACAAGGAAAAGAAGGAUAAGAAUAAGGAUAAAGAAAAGAAAAAAGAUAAAGAAAAGGAAAAGCACAAAGAAGAAAAGGAAAAACAUAAAGAAGAAAAGGAAAAACAUAAGGAGCAUAAGGUAAAGUGAAAAUCAUAUCGAAUGAUGAAAUAUUAUACUAUGUUAUAGAAAAGAUCAAUAUAGUAUUGUUGAUCUUUACAAGGAUCAUUAAAAGACUUGACUAUAAUAUUAUAUAAAUUAUUAUACAA